CAAAAAUCCUACAUUGAAGCCAUCUUGGUGUGAUUAUUACACUCUGGAAUCCAGAUCACAGUCUUAAGACUCCUGUGUCCGGUGCAGCGGUGUUGGAAAAGGACUCUAACAAGCAGAAUGAUGCACUUCAAGUUGAAGUGGCUGCUUCUGGUCCAGCUCCUGCUGAAUGAACAGGCUCUGAGCAGGGUCCCACCUCCUCUGGCACUGAGGAAAACUCCACUUCCAGGCAAAACCACCAUCCAGGAGGAAGAAGGGACAGCCAAACAGGGUCAGCAGUCUCUCCUGGAGGCUGAACCUCAGCCUGGUCUCUCAUCUGCAGACAAGGCAGCCAUGGUCUUUCAGGCAGAGGACCGAGUCCAGUCUGCCAGGCAUAUGAUAGCCAUUCUAGGGGCAAAGCUGAAGGGACAUAUGCAAGAUUACAUCCACAUUCAAGGGAACGUCAGUUGUGAGGAGCUGCUGUCUGCCACCACCAUGGACGACCCGUCCUCACCGGUGUUCCCGCAGGAGCUGCUGGGUCUCUCUCUGGUGCCCGUGCUGGUUGUGGCAGGCUGCCCAAAGGAGGCACAGACCCUGAUGCUCCGGCUGUAUGACCUGCUGGGAGUGGCCGACGUAAACGAGCUCCUGAUGGACGUGGAGGCUCUGAUAGAGAGAAGGAUGACACAGCCGGCAUCUACACCAACACCAGCAUCAGCAGCUUCACCUUCUGAGAAAGUGGAAGCAGAGCGACACAUAGAAGCUGUCAUGUAUAACAUCCAGCAGCUAGCCAUGGUUGGAGAGGGCGGCAUGAGACAAGGAAACUCUGAGAUGGGGGAUCCGGACAAGGUGUGUGAGGGCUGGAUGAGGGUGAAUGGGAGCAUGCUGUUGGGAAAGGCUGUGGAGGGAGCAACAGGAAGGCUGGAGGAGGCUGUGAGGGCCUGCGAGAGUCUGGGCUUCCAGUGUGCCGGUGUCACCCGGGGUGGACUACUCAAGUACCAGGCGGUGCUGAAGGAUGGCAGCCGAAUCCUGCCCUCAGAAUCCUCAGAGUAUGAAAGCUGGAUCCGCCAGUGCAACAUGGAGGACGCUUCACAAACAACAGGUGGACGGGUGAAGCGCAGCCCCCCGAGAAACUGUAUCAACAAGAGGGAGGAGCGUGUCUACAGCGUGGUGGAGUGGAUCCCUGCAGUCAGCACCCUCUACAACUUAGGCACAGCUGUGUAUUACGCCUCAGUCAACUGCUCUGAGACGGCCAAGGAGAGAGCCAUCCUGAGCGCCGUCGACCUCGGCACCGAUGCCCUCAUGGCGGUCACAGGCGGGACCGCUGGGGUGGCGGGCUACGCUCUGGGUGCAGGGGUGAAGACUGGGGUGAAAGCUGGCAUCAAGUAUCUGCUCAGCUCCAUGAAGCAGGACGAAGACCUGAUGGUGAACCAGUACAGCUGGGAGGAGGGAGUCAUCACCAUACACUAGACAAAAGGAUAAGCAAUAAACUGGCUAAAUGUUUCUUUGGAAAAGCCAGUUCCUCUUUGGCAAUACAUAUCUAAAUUAAUUGCUUAGCUAAUAAAUUAUUUGAAAAAUAAUUUUUUUUUGUCAUCUGACCCAACAAUUUAUUCCCAAGAAUGGGGAGUAACAAAUUACUUUAACAUGUUUUAUAUAAUCUGAAAAAUCUGUGAAAACAAGAUCACUUUUGACUCAUCACUCAAUGGAUUACAUGUUUGCAAGGGGAAAAAAGCUUUUUGUUUGUGUGCAUUUGGGCACAAACUUCAUUUUACACAAUAUGAAAUAAUGGUUAUUCCAGGUUGCAUAUGUUAAUGAUUUAAAUUACAGUAAAGUGUGUGCUUUGUUUUUAUUUGAUGGACAAACUAAUCCAAUAGUGAAAAGGGAAAUAUAAUUGUUAAAGUGAUCCAGUGGAAUAUGUUUAGUACACAUUAUGAGAAAUCGCUAAGUAAUCUGUAACAAACAGUAACCAUAAAGAGUAAGCUGUGAACCUGUGCUUUUAGAAAAUAUCUGGUGUUGUGUAUAACUGACAAAAUAGUUUGAUGAUUUUAACGGAUUUGGCAGCAACACAAGAAGAACUGGUCUCAGGAAACCAUGGCCUCAAGCCCCUUAUUCUGCCUCUCAGUCAACAUAUUUUUGUCUUGUUCAUUGUACUCCUUUAUCACUCGUGCUCUUUCCUUCCUUCACAAAUAAAAGUAUUGUCAGGUCAGGCUCACAUUUCCACCUCGGGUUUAAGUGCAGGGACUAUUGUAUCAGUUCUAAAUUUUGUUGUUUUAUAUGCAUCCAUCAACUGUUAAUAAAUUGUAUUUUCAA